ACGGCGAGAGGCACAUUCCCGAGCAGUGGCCGCGGCGGCGCGGGUGGCCGAGCCCGGUGCCCGCUCGGAGGCCAGGCGCUCCGGCGGGGGCAGUGUCGCCGACCGGCCGAGGGGCCCCUCCCCCGCCCUGCAUGAGCUAGGGCAGAGCUUCCCCGGGGACGCCAGGAGCUGCACCACCCGCCCCGAGGGAUGUCCACGGCGGCCUUGCUGACCUUGGUCAGGGGUGGCGGGCCGCGGGUGCGCCCGAGGGCGCUGCUGAGCCGCCGCCUGCUGCGGCCCGCCGGGCACGCGCCCCGCGCCGGGCUCCGCGCCACCCCCGCGCGCCGCUCGCGCUUCGACCCCGACGGCAGCGGGCGCCCCGCCACCUGGGACAGCUUCGGCAUCUGGGACAACCGCAUCGACGAGCCCAUCCUGCUGCCGCCCAGCAUCAAGUAUGGCAAGCCCAUCCCCAAGGUGAGCCUGGCCCGCGUGGGCUGCGCCUCGCAGAUCGGGAAGCGCCGGGAGAACGAGGACCGCUUCGACUUCGCGCAGCUCACCGACGACGUGCUCUACUUCGCCGUGUUCGACGGGCACGGGGGCCCCGGCGCCGCCGACUUCUGCCACACGCACAUGGAGGCGCGCAUCCUGGAUUUGCUUCCUAAGGAGAAAAACUUGGAAACUGUCUUGACCUUGGCUUUUCUAGAGAUAGAUAAAGCCUUUUCUCAGCACGCCCACAUGUCUGCUGAUGCGUCCCUUCUGACGUCCGGGACUACCGCCACGGUCGCCCUGUUGCGGGACGGCAUCGAACUGGUGGUGGCCAGUGUUGGGGACAGCCGGGCGAUUCUGUGCCGAAAAGGGAAGGCGGUGAAGCUGACCAUUGACCAUACGCCGGAGAGAAAGGACGAGAAGGAAAGGAUCAAGAAGCACGGCGGCUUCGUGGCCUGGAACAGCCUGGGGCAGCCGCACGUCAACGGGCGACUCGCCAUGACCAGGAGCCUCGGAGACCUGGACCUGAAGGCCAGCGGCGUCAUCGCCGAGCCCGAGACCAAGCGGAUCAAGCUCCACCACGCUGACGACAGCUUCCUGGUCCUCACCACCGACGGGAUCAACUUCAUGGUGAACAGCCAGGAGAUCUGCGACUUCGUCAACCAGUGCCACGACCCCAACGAGGCAGCGCGGGCGGUCACUGAGCAGGCCAUCCAGUACGGCACUGAGGACAACAGCACGGCCGUGGUGGUGCCCUUUGGCGCGUGGGGCAAGUACAGGAACUCCGAGGUCAACUUCUCCUUCAGCAGAAGCUUCGCCUCCAGCGGCCGGUGGGCCUGACGGCGGCUGCCCCCCGCUGGAGCUUGCAGCUGCUGCCACCGGCGAGUCACUGAUUAGUCCCACUGUCGGCUGCGCCAGCGCGACCUCACGACGCACUUGAUCAAGCCCAAGUCAGUGCCACCUCAGUAGCGACGUCACUCUCGGCUUUCACCCUCCGUAUCCGUGCUCCCCUCUGCGCGCUCGGCGUGAGCGUCCGAUGCUAGUCGAGGACACUCGUGAGGAAACGGUUUUGAUGCGGCUGCUGAGUGUCCAGUUUCUCCUUUUCAAGACUCUUAGGCAGCUCUGGGUUACUUCUGGUCAUUUUUUUUUCCUUCACUCAUAUGAACAGUCCUGCCUUCAGAUUUGUCAAAACUUGGGGCUGGAGCGAUAGCACAGCGGGGAGGGCGUUUGCCUUGCACGCGGCCGAACCGGGUUCGAUUCCCAGCAUCCCAUGUGGUCCCCUGAGCACCGCCAGGGAUAAUUCCUGAGCGCAGAGCCAGGAGUAACCCCUGUGCAUCGCCAGGUGUGACCCAAAAAAAGCAAAAAAAAAAAAACAAAAAAAAAAACUCAUCAAUAUGUUGGUGGCUACUCAGUGUGUUAGCUGCAAAGGUUUGCUUUUUUUAAUAACUGUGCCUCGGAGUAAACGUAAAAACCAGAUUCUCUUUAUUGUGGAUUCUGGACUAUUCAGUGGUAAACAUAAUGGUGAUAAAGAAAUGAAUACAGAUAAUAGGUCAUGACCUAGUCGUAAGCUACUUUAGGAAAAUGCACUGUUGGGAUGUACGGAACUAUAGUACAGCAGGGAGGGCGUUUGCUUUGCACGCAGCCGACCCGGGUUCGGUCCUCAGCAUCCCAUAAGGUCCCCAGAGCACUUCUAGGAGGGAUUCCUGAGCACAGAGCCAGGACUAAGCCCUGAGCAUCACUGGAUGUCGCCCCCACAGAAAAAGCCGAAGGAGAAAAAAAGCCAAAUGCACUGUGUAUUUCAGCUGUCACAAUCUUAUUCUCUGUCCCAAAUUUAUUCCUUUCUGUAGCUAAGAAACUAUAGAGAUGUGCCUGUUCCUUUAUGUCAGAAAAAGUGCUGAGCCUAAGGCUCAGUGCUGGACAAAGUUAAGUGCUGAUGUUGCCAAGUGCUUUGUACACAGUUUCUUCCAUGAUGGCUAACUCUAUUUUUUUGUUCUGUGUAUGAUAUGUCGUGUCACUCUGUAUAGCAUCAGCAAGGUGGGUUGUUUGUACAGUAGUAUCACAGAGAUGAAGCCACAGAUAUCAUUUUCAUCUUUUUACUGUUCCUGAGUCUCACAACAAAGAAUAAAUCUAGAACAAAUUCUAUAUUUCACCCUCCUGUGAAGUAGGAGUGUAAAUUGUGCAUUUCAUCUGCCUGUAUGUUGGGUGUUAAACUGUGAAUCCCUAGCCGUGUGCUUGGAAUUAUAAAUGCAGUUUGUUUCUGUAGACGGUAUGAACUUGCUGUGUGUGUGGGUGUAUAUGCACAAGUAUUUUAGAGUAACAGAAAAUCAAAGGGAACGGCACUGAUAGCUCCUUCGACCCGUUAACUUGAAAUUAUUGAUGCUUCUCCCAAAAGACUCUUGACAAAAAUAAGGCUUUCCGUGUGUUUGGUUUUUUUGAAGUGCCCGAAACCUAAUGCAGGUCUCAAGAAGCCUGUCCUCUACCCGUGAGGCAGUUUUCUAAGUGAGAAGAACCUGUGGCUACUGGCAGGUGAGGAGAUAGGUGGGAAAUGACCGGGAGGAAGAGUCUGACGUCAUCAAACCCAGAAACCGGAGGAGCGUGUUGGCGCUACACUGUUGCUUCGUAGUGAUGCGCAUCUAGAAUAACAGGACGGGAGAAAAAUGCCAGUGAGAAUGUUAUGCAGUUUUGUUGUAGAAAACAAGAAAAACAAAAAUGGUAUGGUGUACCUUAAAACUCUGUUCUCGGGAGUUGACUAUUUUCUUUAAGUUUUAUUUAAAGGCUUAUUAGAAAGAAAUGGGACCAAUAUAAACAAUGCAUAUUUUCUCCUUGCCUAUUUGGGGAGUGGAAGAAAAGAAACGUUGAGUUUUCCUGCCUGUACUAAUAAAGAGUUAUCCUUUGGGAGGAAAAAAGGAAACUGUUUCAGGUUCUCCUUUUUUUUUCUUCCACGAAGUUUGGUGAAAGAGAAAUAUAACAAGAGAGAAUAUAAAUACAUAGAAUACUGAACCUGGGGGUGAAGACAUACGGCAGGGAUUCCCAAAAACACCCCACCAUCAUUGCCGAGAGAGAGAGAGAGAGAGAGAGAGAGAGAGAGAGAGAGAGAGAAGAGAGAAGAGAGAGAGGGAGGGAGAGAGAGACAGAUACAGAUAACCUACAUUUAGGAGCUUAGAGAUUUCCCAAGUGGGGACAGAAUGAUCGUACAGCAGACGGGGCUCUUGCCUUGCACACAGCCAACCGGAUUGUAUCCCCAGCGCCAUAUAGCACCCCCCCCCCGAGCCCCACUAGAGUAAUUUCUGAGUCCUGAGUCAGGAGUAAGCCCUGAGUACCAUCAGGUGGGCCCCAAAACAAAAGCAAAAAAAUUCUCAAGCUACAAGCAGGUAAAUCUAAAGUAUAAAAUGACCGUCUAUAGACAGAGGUUUCCUCUUGGUUUUAUUUUCCUAGCACUGUUCCUCUUUUGCUUUAAAAAUGGAGGGUGGGCAGUGACGAGUGAUGUCCUGGAGUUCAGGGUCUGAAGGACCACUGAAGGAGGCCAGGGUGAGGGCAAGGUAGGGCUCACAUGCAUCUGACCUCAGUUCGAAUCCCUGACACCGUCCGUCGUCCCCUGAGCCCUGCCAGGUGUGAUCCCUGAGCAUAGAGCCAGGAAUCAGCCCUGAGCACUGCCAGGUGGGACCCCAGAUCCCUCCCCGCCCCCGUGAAAAGAUCACUGAAGCAGGAAUCAGGAAUGCAGCUCAGGUGGAGCAACUUGCCUUGCAUUUGUGAGCUCCUGGGGUCAAUCCCCAGCACUGCAAAAUCAAGGAUUUUUUUUUUCUUUUAAACCCCAGGAAUAUUGCUCAAAGGAUGAAAACCUGACGGGUUCAAUCUCUACCACCAAUGGUCCCCUGAGCAUGGGGUAAUGGUUGCCUCUGAUCGCUGUGAUUUGUCACCCUGUGGUUUGGGGGUGGGGGUGGCAAGUGAAUUGACAUGGGUUGGCGGGUUUAACAAAAGAAUUGGUAGAGUGUGUAGCCUACAGUCUGAAGAGGACUCUUUCACCCGAAAACCCCUAAACUAUCACCGCUGACAAAAAAACAGAAAAAAAAGCGGUAUUAUUUUUUGAACCACUGUGUUGAAGUAAUCUGUGUUUUACUAUAAUUUAUUAAAGGAGCAUGCAUUUGUUAGACUUCUAAAUCUUCCCGGGAGUUAUGCAAAUAGUAAUGAAGAACGGACUGUUCUAAGUAAACUUAGUGCAACGACUGUGAAUUUGCCAUAUGGUUAUUACCAUGUGGGUAUUGUUAUGGUAAAUUAUAUUAAUGUAAAUAAACUUCUCUCAACUCUGA